AUGGGGCUGGGAUUGGAGGGGGUAGGGGCGGGGCAGGCUCCAGGGCGCGAGGGAUCCUGCGCACUGGGCCUUUGGGGCGGCACUGGCACAGCGUCCCGCCUGGGGCUGCCCCCGACCCCCACAUCCCUAUGUCCUCCACCCCUGCACCCCAGAGACACCACGAACAGGCGGUGCGAGCUCCCGGGCUCCGCGCUCUGCAGCGCCCCUGUGCAUGGGGCGGCCUCAGGAGGCCUGGGCUCCCGCAGCAGCGCCGGCCUCGGGCUGAGGUCCCCGAGCCAGGGCUCCACUUCCCGCUCAGCGGACCGCAGGAGUAAACUGAGGCACAGAGCGAGCCAGACCCCCACCUGCCCCAUUCCCUACUUGAGCACUCCUAGAGGUAGGUCCAGCCUGGCCUUGGUGUCCGGGACUGCUGCCAGGACAGAGGACAGAGCAAUCAGACGCAAGGACCUGCCCCAGGACAACCGAGACAGCACGGCUGCCAAGAACCUUUUGUCAGAGAUGCCUGGAGAGCGUUUCUCUCAUUCCAACCAGGUGUGGGAAGGAGGCUGCCUCAGGCUGUUCCUAGACAGCAGUGAAGUCGAGCCCUGUGCCUGGCUGACGGAAUCUACUUCCACGUCAGGGAUUGACCGAAACAGCUCCCCAGCUGGAAAGAGAGCUGGUUCUCGGUCCCCACCUCGGAAGGCCUUCAGCUCCAGGCUUGGUGUCCCACCCUGGCCCCCGUCGGGCUCGUGUUCACAGGAAUUCAUCAUUUCCCAGCCUCUAGAUUACUCUGAGGCUGAUUAAAUUAGCGAAUGCAAUCACAAUCUGAAGCAAGUUAAUUGAGAGAAUUUAUUUAGGUCUGACAGUUUUAUGCAUGUUUGAUUAAGUAUUAUAAGGUUUGUUUUUGACUUUGCAUAAUUUAACUUUAAAUCCUGCAUGGGGGGGCCCAUCAACCAUUAAUGACCAAAAUAAACCUCUUGUAAGAUGCUUCUUUUUGUGAUUUAUUUCUGAAUGCAAUAUCUUCCAGAUUUUUUUGAUGCUAUUGCCAAAGUGACAAAUAUGUUUAAAGUAACAUUUUGAGUCAUCCCAUUCACCCUGUAAAUCUUCCAGAAUGUAUACAAUUCAUUAAAAGUUUUGAAAGAAGUACAAGUUAGCAUUUAUAUUGCAACAAGUGACAUAUAAAUGCGUAUGUUUGUCUUCCAACCGUGCCAUAAAAUAUAUCCCCCCGUGAGCUCCUCAGAGCCGUACAAAUCGUCCACGCGCUGGGGUAAUGAUAAACUUGGUCACAAAUCUUCACUGCUGUCAACACAAAACUGUUCAAUCAACAGGAAUAUGAGUUGUGUGUUUUGUGAAAUUAGCACAGGAGAAAAUACAGCCCAGGCCUGGGUCUAGGGACACUGUGGCCCUGGGAGGAGGGCCUGAACCCAGGGUGAGUGCUAACCUGGAAUGCAGGCUUCCUAAGCCCACUUUGUAAUCUGAAUCUGGGUGUUAUGAGGCCACUUGCAUUAGGCGGCCAAGGGCCUGCUGCCCAGAGAAGACCAGGACCACCAAGAAGAUGGACAAGCAGCACCAUCCUCCCCAUGCUAAGAGCCUGGGGUCUCUGUCCAUGAGCCUAGCCAAUGCCCUGCAUUCCAAGAGCAUCACUGCUUUCCAACGGUGGUGUUUAUUAAGCACUUAUUCUGCCCCAGCCUCAGCUAAGGGCUUCCCAGCAUUAAAUCUUCAUUAAUAGCCAAAAAGGAUAAGCCCAGCUCAUAGACAUGCAUGUUCAGGGAUCUGAAGUCAUUCACCCAACCGUGGACUCUCCUCUUGCAGCCUGGGAUGGUGGGACAGGGACACUUCUGAAAUCAAGCACAUCUGUGAUCCAUGCCUCCCUGAUGGCCCCUGACACCACUCACAAGGCCCCCAGAUGCAGAUCUGUGCCUGAUGUCUUCUUCACCCCUGCAUGGCACCAACAGGCUACUGGACACAUGGUGCCAGGGCUGCCCCUGGGUGAGUUACAUGCCUGUGGAUGCCAGUCGGCCAUGCAAGGCUGAGGCCUGUGGCCCUCCCAAGUCCUCAGGCCUCCAUUUUU